AUGCUGGUGACCUAUUUGGAAGCCAGCCGGGACCUUUGCGAGACGGACUCAAUUCUCUUUGGCGCCGCACUGGCAGUCUGCCGUAUUAUAGGCGCCAAACUUUCCACGGCUAAACGCACUACUGGACAAAGUAGUGCUAUCCCAGCCUGGAGAACAAGAAUUGAAGAACGUAUCGCAAAGGCUAGGGCCCUCAUCGGCAGACUGAUAUGCUUCAGGUCAGGCAAUACCAGGCCAAGGAUUGUGCGCACCGUCAGGAUGGCGUUUGCUGGGACAAAUGUUAGUUUGUCCCAGCCGGAUAUAAUGCAAAAACUGACGGAGCGCAUAGACGACCUGAAGCAGAGAAUCGCUGCUUGGGGAAAGCGAAUUCGGCGAUAUACCGAGAGGUCGACACGGUUCAACCAGAAUCGUCUCUUCCAGAGUGAUCAGAAGAGGCUCUAUAAAUCAUUGGAGCGACCAAUGGUAAGUGGAACGGGCCCAGUACCGAAUCAGGCCGACACGGUCGCAUUCUGGCGCAGCCUGUGGUCAGAGCCCGUAAACCACAACGAGGGCCCUUGGACGGAAGUUGUGGCGAGUCAGUGUGCGGGUAUUACGCCCAUGGACCCCGUCACCAUAACGCCGGAUGACGUAGCUGAGGCGGUCCGUAGGGCCCCGAACUGGAAAAGUCCGGGACUCGACGGGCUGCAUCACUACUGGCUGAAGGGGUUCGUGCCUACAUUACUUCGUUUGUGA